UCUAUCCAAGUAAGAAGGUGGUAUGAGAUAGAUAAGGCACGCAACUCCAACUCUCACACACUUGACACAGUUUGUUUGCACACCAUGCUCUCACUCUCAUUCUCACCCUCUCUCACUAACACUCUCAAUCUCAAUUCCACCCACCGUUCCCAUUUCCAUAAGCCCAUUUCAGCAACUCUCAUCCCUUCUUCAAAACCUUCAUCCAACACACAGCAACAACUCUACCAACCCUUCAGGCCUCCCCCAACUCCAAUCCCCAACCAAUACGGCACCCUCGACAUCGCAGGUCGCAUCGAGAUUCUAUCCAACCGUCUCGGCCUCUGGUAUGAGUACGCCCCACUCAUCCCUUCCCUCAUCCGCGAAGGCUUUUCCCCUCCUUCCAUUGAAGAAGCCACUGGCAUUUCCGGGGUUGAACAGAAUCGCCUCAUAGUCGCUGCCCAAGUUCGCGACUCUCUUGUUCAAUCCAACGCCGACCCUGAAAUUCUCUUCGCCUUCGACACCAGCGGAGCUGAACUUCUCUACGAAAUUCGCCUCCUGAGUGCGUCCCAGCGUUCCUCUGCUGCACGCUUCAUCGUCCAGAACAAGUUUGAUGGCAAGGCUGCUCAAGAACUCGCACGUGCCAUGAAGGAUUUUCCUAGCAGGCGUGGCGAGAAGGAAUGGGAGUGCUUUGAUUAUUCUCUCCCUGGUGAUUGUCUCUCUUUUAUGUAUUAUAGACAGAGUAGGGAACAUAGAAACCCUUCUGACCAGAGAACUUCUGCGUUGGAGCAGGCUCUGCGUGUUGCCGAAACCGAGAGUGCUAAAAAUGCUGUUUUGGAGGAAUUGAAUGGGAAGGGUGGUGCGGUGGAAGAUAAGGUCGAUGAUGCCGAAAUAACUGUGCGUGUUCCUGUGGUGAGGUUGAAGAUUGGUGAGGUGGCGGAGGCGAGCUCGGUGGUUGUUUUGCCGGUUUGUAAGGCGGAGGAGAGGGAAAGGGAGGUUUUGGAGGCACCCUUUGAGUGCAGGAGUGAAGGGGAGUUUGGUGUGGUGGUGGCGGAAAAAGGGUGGGAGAGGUGGGUGGUGUUGCCUGGAUGGGAUCCUGUUGUGGGUUUGGGAAAAGGGGGUGUUGUUGUGUCGUUUAGGGAUGCAAGGAUGUUGCCUUGGAAGGCGAAUAGGUGGUAUAAGGAGGAGCCUAUAUUGGUGGUGGUUGACAGGAGCAAGAGGGAGGUAGCUGCUGAUGAUGGGUUUUACCUGGUGAAAGCUGAUGUUGAUGAUGAUGGUAAUGGUGAUGGUUUAAGAGUGGAGAGGGGUUUGGCGCUGAAGGAAAUUGGUGUCGAUGAGAGUUUAGGAAUUGUGUUGUUGGUUGUUAGGCCGCCUAAAGAAUCGGAUGAUGAUCAAUUGAGUGAGGAGGAUUGGGACUGAAAGGAAUGGAACGGGCAACAGUGUAAUGGGAUGCUAAUUGUUGGAAAUGAAGAUUGAUAUUUGAUACCUUACAUUCCAUGAUUCUAUAAAAUAAAGAUUCCGAAAGUUUAGUCAUACGAAAUAUGGUUAUAUUGUUUUGGGAUUACUUGCAAUUUCCUUUUGUUUUGCUUACUUAUUAUAAGGAUUUAAUCGUUUUUGUUUACUGUUGUACGUUUUCUUUACUUUAGCAUCUACCUGUUCCGGUUAGUCGUCUUUGUUUUUGGUUCAAUAUAACUUAUGCUC